UGUGACGAUGACGACGACGGCGAUAUACCAAUUCCUACAAUAGUAAACGACGAUGAAGAUUCAACGGAAUUCGAAUUUGAAACAGCCAUUUACUAUGGUGAUUCAAAUGUUAACAUUACCGAACCAUUUUCGAUAACGUGUAUUAUACCAAUAACCGAUCCCAUAAAUUGGCUGAAAGAUGGAAAAACUAUUAUACACCAUAAUUUACGACAUGGUCGAGAUGAGCAUUCAUAUAUGUUAUCAGAGAGUGCUAUCGAGGGUGAGAAACAUAAAAUUGAAGCGCAUAUCUCAGUGCGUCAUGCGCUAAAAGUGCACGAAGGCAAAUACCAAUGCAAUAAUUUACAUAGCAGUUAUCACUUGCUGCAUGUGCGCAGUGACAAUGAAAAUCAAUUAUCAACAGAAUCCGGUUACGUUACCAUACACGAUCUAACGCCAAGCUCAGCUGAUGAAAUAUUUACACAUACUUUGGCCGAAUCAUUACCUGCGGCACCAGCCAUAUCACUGCCAACACAAAAUAUACCUGUACCAAUUAUAAAAUCAGUACCAACAACACCAGCAACAUCAACAGUUUCUACAAUGCAGCAUCGACAGCAUCACCAUCAUCAUCAUCAUCCUAAAGAUAUAAUGAAGGAACACGAACGGCACAAGUUUAUUUAUAUAAAUGCCACGAAUUUUGAUGGUAAUCCACGGGGUUCAUUAAUUUCAUCAAACAAAGCUUCAUCAGUAUCAUCGUCACGUGAUAGCCAAGAAAAUAUUGGUAUUAUUAAUUUUGAAUAUAUGUCGCCAACGUUGAAAAAAAGCAACGAUAUAAACAAUAAUAACAAAAAUAACAAUUACAACAACAACGAACUUACGACAGUACCUUGGCAGUAUUCAAACACGAAUAAUAUGUAUAGUGGCGGCGGUGGAACAAGCAUGUCAACACGCCCAUCAACGCAACCUUCACCACCAUACAUACCACCACCACGAACACCAUAUUUAGCUGGAACAACACUAGCACCAGCUGUUCAACAAUAUUAUACGCCACAUUAUCAAACAACAGACAAACAACAGCGUCAUCAUCAUUAUCCGAUCACUGCCAAUACAGCUGUCACCGUACAAGAUUACGAAUUGCAUCAUCAUCAUCAGCAGCAACAACAAAAGCAACAACAUCAUCAACUACAACAACAGCAUCAACAAAAAACUCAAAUUCCACAAUUUCCAUUGCAAACAAUACCAUCAACAUUCCAACAUCUGCAGCCGACGCCUAUGCAGACCACAUACCAAACUAUAAUGUAUCCAACACAGACACAAACACAAACGAGAACAACUAUGAUAAAUCCCUUCCAACAAUAUAAUCAGCAAAUGCAACAUGUGCCAAGUGACGGCUCAACAGCAACAACAACUCUUCUGACAUCAGCGGCUUAUCCAGCUGUGACUCUUACCGCUGCUACCUCAACGCCAGUGUCGACGCCAACAUACCAAGUAUUCUCAACACCAAUGCAUCCAUUGCAUCCAAUGCAGCCAAUGCAACCUAUACAUCAUCCGAAUAUGCCAAUUAAGAAUGGUGAGCCUUAUUAUUAUAUAAAAAUAUAUCAAGUAACCCAGCGCAUCAACCAACGCAUCAUCAGCCUUCAACUUCACCCAACACCAUGUCACCAUGCCACCAAGCUACCACUACCACCACAACCACUUAAUCAAAACCAAAUCAGCCAUAUUAUCGCAAUUGACCAUGGACUUAAAUUUGAAAUUGAGCCAGAUUUUUUGGUGCCAAACUAUGAUAAUGCAGAACAGCAGUUAAAAGUUUUCGAAAUCAGAUCGUCAUUAGUGCUUAGCUGUAAUGUAACUAAAGAUGGUAUUGAUGAAGUUACAUGGGAAAAAAAUGGUACAGAUGUAUCAAAAGUUAAAGAACUUACUGGGCGCUAUAGAAUUAUUAAGCAGGAAAAGACAUUUAUUAUUGACAAAACAGACACAUACGACGAUGGUGUGUAUAGUUGUGUAGCCAAUAAUCAAAGAAAAGAUAUUAACGUUGUCGCGCUCGUGGUUGUAAGAGUGCCUUCAAAUACUGGUGUUGUUGAAGGUGAAAAAUUAACAAUUGCUUGUACCGUCGUUGGUAGCAAUCCGAAAUUAUCAUGGGAUAUUGGUAACGAAACCAUUAUUACAAGUAGCAAGGAUAGGUACAUUCUUAAACCAGAUGAUAAUAAAGUGCAAAAUGCCCUUUUGACAAUUGAAAAUGUAAGUUUAGAUGAUAGAGGCGAGUACAAGUGCAUUGGACAUAAUGAUGCUACCCUGUAUGCUAAUUAUAAAGAAGCCAGUGAUGCUUCAUAUGUUCGUGUAAAAGGCAAACUUGCCGCCGUGUGGCCUUUCCUAGGUAUCGUCGCUGAGGUACUAAUUCUCUGCACUAUUAUUCUCAUCUAUGAGAAGAGACGUAACAAGAGUGAAUUGGAAGAGAGUGACACAGAUCCACAAGAACAGUAAGUGUGUGACUUUGAAAUUAGCAACAGCUAUUUCAACACUACCACAACAAUCCACAAUAAACAACUGGUAUUAGUGGUAAUAGUGGUGGUUACCACUACUGCUAUCACCUAAACCAACAACAAAAUAGAACAACAACAAUAGAAACUUUCUAAGUGCUUUGAUAGACAAAACUUUUUAAAAUGAUAAAAAUAUAAAGUGACGCAAGCAACUGUAACAACAAACAGACACAUCUACAACGUACAACA